GACUCGCCUACAUCUGUCGUGUGACAUCUCACAUUCAGUUCGGACACUUCUGGAUUUCUGCAAAACUCCAGGUGCUUCAACUCCACGCGUGAUCUAGCAACAAGAAGAAGCAAUGGCCGAUCGUUUCUUUCCCAAUGAAAUACCACCAGAAGCAUCGCCUACACCACAAGAGGACUCUCUCUCCAAACUCCUCUCUCUUCCAUACACAACUCUUUCGGAUAAACUCAAGACCUCAGCUCUUCAUCUCAAACAAACCAUUGUGAAUGAGACGUGGGGAUCGAGUGGAAAGCGUGUGAAAGAUUACACCUUGUACACGGGUGCUCUUGGCACUGCUUAUUUGCUGUUUAAAGCUUAUCAAAUUACCAAUAGUGAGAGUGAUCUUAAAUUGUGCUCUGACAUUGUUAAGGCUUGUGAUUCUGCUUCUAAAGAUUCAGGUAGGCAUGUGACAUUCAUAUGUGGGCGGGCUGGUGUUUGCGCUCUUGGUGCUGUUGUAGCGAAGCAUGCUGGUGACGAGAAGCUACUUAAGUACUACAUAACACAGUUUAAGGAGAUCAAACUCAAUAGUUAUUUGCCUAAUGAGUUAUUAUAUGGGAGAGUGGGGUUCUUAUGGGCUUGUUCUUUCUUAAACAAGCAUAUUGGUAAAGACACAAUAUCUACUACCUGUAUGAGGGCAGUUGUUGAUGAAAUUAUAAAGGCUGGCAGAAGAUUGGCUAGUAAGGGAAGAUGUCCAUUGAUGUAUGAAUGGCAUGGAAAGAAGUACUGGGGCGCUGCCCAUGGCCUGGCAGGGAUUAUGCAUGUUUUGAUGGACAUGGAAUUGAAGCCUGGUGAGAUGGAGGAUGUCAAGAAUACACUUCGCUACAUGAUAAAGAACCGUUUCUGCAGUGGCAACUAUCCUUCAAGUGAAGGAAGUGAAUCAGACCGUCUUGUGCAUUGGUGCCAUGGCGCUCCUGGAGUCACUCUUACCCUUGUGAAAGCAGCUCAGGUUUUUGGAGACACAGAAUUUGUGCAAGCAGCUGUGGAUGCAGGGGAGAUAGUAUGGCAGCGGGGUCUGCUUAAACGAGUUGGCAUCUGUCAUGGUAUCAGUGGAAACACCUACAUUUUUCUGGCGCUCUGCCGAUUGACUGGCAAUGUCGAGUACCUGUACAGGGCUAAAGCAUUUGCUUGCUUUCUAUUUGAUAGAGCACAAAAAUUGAUUUCAGAAGGGAAGAUGCAUGGAGGUGAUCGCCCCUAUUCACUGUUUGAAGGCAUUGGAGGAAUGGCUUAUCUUUUUCUGGAUAUGAUUGAAUCGUCCACAGCUAGGUUCCCAGCUUAUGAACUCUAAUUUUCUUGCUGGGAAAACAGUGAAGACAUCUACAAUAACACCUUUUUUCUUCUUCUUUGGGUGGAACCUAACUAGUGUAGUAAGCCUUGGGUCUAUGUAAAGUAAACAAAAAUACCCAAUUUUGCAUUGACAUCCUUCUUCAUACACUGAUUCAGCUUUGCGAACGUUGUUUAGUCAAAAUUCUAAUGUUUUGAAAGACCUUGCAAAGUUGGAAGUACAAUGAACAUGAACAUAAUUGAUGCCA